AUGGCAGAUCUGCCAAGAUGUUCCAUCUUGGAACAGCUUCGAUUUUUGCGUACCGACGCCUCCCAUCCAGACUCUCCCCAUAAACUCUCCACUCUCCUUUCCUCACACUCCGGCAAAUGGCCCACUCGGGAGCUCAUCCUCACUUUCCAGGAUAUUUAUAAAUCCCUUCCUGAACUUGCCAAAUCCGAGAACAAUGAAGCAAUCAAUCGUCUACGGGUACAGAUUAAGGAAGCUACUCCUAGUAUCUCCGAGUUGAUAGGAACCGACGACCGUGCUGGCUUCAUUGAUGUCAGUACAGGCCGAAACCUGACACAUCUUGCUAUCCGCCAGUUUGUACAAGGCUUCCAUAUCCCCGUGGGGUCCUCCUCCAAUAGAAAGCCUCGCGUGGCUGUCAUUUUGCCCAAUGGUCUUCUCAUGGCAGUCGCAACCUUUGCCUUUGCCAAUAGGUAUACGAUUGUUCCCAUGGCCUCAAAUACGGUUCCAGAACAACUGCACAUGGAUAUUGAACAAGUGAAAGCUGAUGCUGUUGUCGCUUUGGAAGAUGAUAUUGGCAAGUUAAGUCUAGACAAUGGCGUUCGUCCUGUAUUUGGGCUUGAGCAGCUGGAAGACUUGACAUUUCGCGUUGUUUCAGAAAAGCACACUUCAUCUUCAUCAAUUCUUGCGCCUAAUGUUGCUGAUGAAAUUGCAAUCAUUCUUUUCACUAGCGGCACAAGUGGCAAGAAGAAGUUGGUGCCCAUUACAACCUUUAAUCUCAUCGCGGGUACGAUCGCUACGAUUGAAUCUGUGAAACUGUCGGAGAAAGAUACUUGCCUCAACAUGAUGCCCUUGAACCAUGUUGGCGGUAUAAUGCGAAGCAUCCUUUCUCCCAUUCUCGCCGGUGGCGCUACUAUAUGCUGCCCGUCUUUCGACCCCAGCAUGUUCUGGGAUGCUAUACAAUCACCCGCCAUGACACCCACAUGGUACUAUGCCACACCAACAAUGCAUCAGAUGAUUCUUGGGGAAGCUGAGCACCGCCCCGAUGCCAUCCGUCAAAGUGCCAUCGAGUUUAUCUGCAACGCUGGGGGUGGUCUACCCCCAACACUUGCUUUGCAACUUCGUGAAGCUUUCGACUGCUCUAUCCUCCCCAGCUAUGGAAUGACUGAAUGCAUGCCUAUCGCAGCACCGCCAAAAGAUUACACUCUUGACCGUCCUGGUACAUCUGGAAAAAUCGUCGGUCCUGAUGUUGCCAUUUUGAAUGAUGGCAAACCUGUCUCAGAAUGCGGAACCCUUGGUCACAUUUGUGUUCGUGGAUCACCUGCUUUCGAGGGAUACCUGACCCCCGAUGGGAAAAUUGAUACAAGUGCUUUCGAUGAAGCUGGUUGGUUUGAUACCGGCGAUCUCGGAUACCUUGACUCCGAGAACUAUCUCUACAUCACAGGCCGCAGCAAGGAGGUCAUUAACCGUGGUGGUGAAAUCAUUUCUCCCGUCGAGGUAGAGGAUGCUGUUCUCACCGCGGCCAAGCAUCCUGGCUCUCCACUGUACGGCCGAGUUUCUGAGACUCUGGCCUUCUCAGUGCCGGAUGAAGUACUCCAGGAGGUGGUUGGAAUUGUCAUUGUGACUCCUCCGGGCACACCCAGACCAGAUAUUCGCCAGCUGCACGAAUCGCUACAGCCCAUUAUUCAUCAGCCCAAGUGGCCCGCCCUAGUGGUGUACAUGGAUCGUGUGCCCAAGUCUAAUAACAAAAUCCAGCGCAUUAAGCUUGCCGAGCGACUCACGUUACAGUCGUUGACACCAAAAACACCUCUCGGACAUCGUCAUUACGAAGCUGUCUGCCCACCUAACGGCUCUCCGUUGACCACACCGAUUUCGAAACAAAAAUGUGCUGUUGACUGCAAAGCAGUUCGUUCAACCUUGGGAGAAAUCGCUAAGGGUUCUGAAGUGCAUGUUCAAAUCAACGAACGUGACGGACUCGCCCAAGCUGUUCUAUUUGUCGACAACCCGGAAGAAUAUCAGCUUACGCCUAAUGUCCUUCACAAACAGCUGGAUGGUUAUCUUGUCCCCACCCGCAUCACUUCUCUGAAGGGACCGAUGCCCGUCGACUUCUACGGAAAUCCCGAUCAAGCAGCUAUUGAUGAGGCUGUCCGCGCCCAAAACUCAGAUGGUAGCAUAUCACCCAUUCAACGCCGGACCCGCGAUAUUUUCGCCACAGCCUUGUCUUGCGCACCGGAGGAAGUAUCUGCCAUGACAGACUUUUUCGCCGCUGGCGGCGAUAGUCUUAGUGCAGGUCGACUUGUUUCGCAACUCCGACGUGAAUUUGGAAUCUUUCUAGCUGGAGAUAUUCUCUUCCACCAUAGCUCUGUCGGCGAAAUUGAGUAUAAGAUCACAGAAGCCGUUGAGAUCAAGGCUGCUAAAGGGGAUAAAGGGGUCAUCGAGUUGCCAGGUUGUGAAAGAACAUACAGUAGCACAAACCCGCUGGUUAUGGCCUUGCAUCUUUUUCCUGUUUUGUUCUUUUUUCCAAUGAAGCGUGCCUUUCAAUGGCUUGUUUUUUCAUAUGUUGUGGCAGAAGGCACCCUUCGCUUUCCAAUUCGCGAUUUACUGAUUGGUCGAUUGAUCCUGAUUAUCCUGGCUGUUCUAUCAGCUCGUGUUAGUGCCCAGGUUGUGGCUCCCAUCUGCACAAUUCUCUUCAAAUGGCUUGUCGUGGGCCGCUACGAGGAGGGUAUUUACCCUAUGUGGGGGCCUUAUCACACUCGUUGGUGGUUGACCCAGAAGGCGGUACAGGUGUUUGGAAAGGGAAUUUUCAAUCACUUUAACUGGUCUCGCGUGUUGUUCUAUCGUCUGCUCGGCGUCAAGAUUGGCAAAAAUGUCACUAUACCCCCGUCUGCCAAGCUUGGAGAAUAUGACUUGAUCGAGAUCGGUGAUGAUGUCGUGUUAGAUACCUGUCAAUGUCGUCCCUUCGCUGUGGAGCGCAACACAUCGAUGUUGCUCAAAAGAAUUCGCAUUGGUAAUAAUUCUUCCAUCGGUCUCAAAUCAAUUCUCGCCCCUGGCGCCGAUAUACCGGAUAAUACCUGCAUUGGCCCCAACUCGUCAAGCUGGGAACUUCAAGAUGCCGAUGAGUCAAACCGCGACUUGCUCAGCUCCAGCAUUCCUCAGCCACAUUGGAUAUUUAACCUUCUGAUUGUUACACCUAUCAAAAUUCUGGUCUGGGUCGCUGCUCGUCUCACAUGGAUGGGUGGCCUUGUACCUAUGGUGAGGCAGUUCCCGAUGGCCCAAUCUGACAUGUUCCUGGCAACUCUCCAAUGGUAUACCAGUGGCCAGAGAAUUGGCUUCCACAUUGCAGCAAGGCUUUGUCGUGCUAUUGGUGGCCCAAUCGUGCUCUUCGCAUCGGUGCUGAUCAUUAAAUCAUUGCUCGAUGUCAUUUGCGGCAAGCCCAAGCCCGGUCCUGCUUCUAAACAGAGUGUCCUGCAAAAGAUUCGCACCGCUGUUCUAGCAGAGAUUCUUCCAUCCGGCGAUAUUCAUGAACUCACUCGUCUAAUCGGUCGUCACUACGAAUUAGUCUCCAUGGCCAUUCGUGCGCUUGGUGGCAAGGUUGGAAAGCGAAUCUAUUGGCCCAGCGUAGGCCCUUCUCUCCCCGAUUUCGACCUCAUCGAAGUUGGAAACGACGUCGUUUUUGGAUCCCGCUCGACCCUUAUCACAUCAGAUGGCUAUGGCCGUGACCGUGUUGUCAUUGGUGACGGUGCCAUGGUCGGUGAUCGCGUUGUCGCUUCACCAGGUGUCACGAUCGGCCGUGAGGCAAUGAUCGGUUCGGGGGCCUUGCUUCGUCGGAAUGGUGAAUACCCAGCAAAUACCAUCUGGACCGGUAGCAAGGGUGGUGAUGCUGUGCAGUUCCCGACUUCGUCCUCGGUGCCAAUUUCAACUGCCCCUACUGUUGUGGGCAGCAGCAGCAGCAGCACUGAUGGACAAAGCAACAGCGACAAUGAGAAAGACAUGGGACGAAAAACCCAAAAUGCGAAACAUUCCAUUCCCAAUAUCACCGAGGCAGAUACUUGCAAACCUUUUGGUCGUGCAUUUUAUCAGAAAAAUGCCAGCUACUACGUGCUGCGCAUCUGGCAGAUCGUCAUGUAUUCUGUUCUUUCGGUAGUCGUCGUGACUGUGUACUGGCUCCUGAGUGUGGUAUUCGCACUACUUUGUCUCCGUGCCUGCCUUGAGCAUAGCAACACUGCUGCAUUCGAUCUUGGACCUUGGCGGCCAUUCGUGCUAUAUGGUGUAUUAGCCGCUUUCUUAUCCGCCAUUAGCUGUGCUCAGGCCUUCAUGGCUUUGGGAAUUGUCAUAGGCAUCAAGUGGUUGGUCAUGGGCCGGCGCAAGGAAGGCGAAUUCCAUUGGGACAAGAGCAGUUAUAACCAACGAUGGCAAUUCCUCUUGUCGUGUGAGACACUCAUCAAGGACUGCUACGGUGGAGCUGGUCUCCUGCCUAUGAUUACGGGUUCAGCUUAUUUAUCCUGGUACUACCGCCUCUUAGGUGCAAAUAUAGGAAAGGAUUGUGCGAUCCACGCCAAUGGCACACCGAACGUCUACUUUACCGAGCCUGACCUUCUCACACUCGGUAACCGCGUGGCUGUUGACGAUUGCAGCUUGGUUUGCCAUCUGAACUCUCGUGGCGAGUUCGAAUUACAUACUUUGAAGGUCGGCGACCGGAGCAUUAUGCGUGCUGGAUCCCGCUUGAUGUCCGGGGCUUCGAUGGGCCAGGAUGCUUGUCUGCUGGAACAUACAUUAGUACUGUCGGGUGACCAUGUAGAGGAUAAAGAUACACUUCAGGGAUGGCCUGCUGAAGGUUUUGAAGGGAAGCGGGUAUGA